UUCGAUGUUUCGUCCUUGCUCAGUACCUAUAUUGUUUCAGCUAAAAUAGUAAAAUUACGAUUUAAAAAGAUUAAUAAAUUAAAUUUUGUUGGAAGUAUUUCUGUUAUAAUUCUUUUGACAUCGUUUCACCGCGGUAUGUGACUCCUUCAACUAAGAAAAAUCGUACUAAAUACAAUAGUAAUUAACAAACAAAAUGUUGGAAACGGAAUUUAUUGAAAUGGAGGGUGGUUCUUUGGAAGUUGUUAAUCUUGUGGUUAGCGUGGACCCUGAGGUCGUGCUGGGUGAUCAUACCUAUACAUCUACAAAAAAAGUCAAGAAAGUAAUAAAACCAAAAACAAAGGAUGCUUUAAAUCAAAAACUUAUUAAAAUGAUUGAAGGCAAACAUAUAGUAAACCUCAAAGCGUUAUACGGUUGUAAUGUGUGCAACUUCACGACGUUCAGCAAGGAGAGCAUCGACUUUCACUCGUUGAGUCAUAAACCGACCAAGAAGCCCGUGCAAAAAAAAAGGGAAGCCUGUCACAAGCCUGGCAACACAUGUUGCACGAGUUGUUUUGUCAAGAAAAUAAAGAAACUUCCAGAUGGUAGAUUACGCUGCCCGCACUGCAGUUUCUUCACGACGAGGCUUCAAGGUCUUAAUGUACAUCUCAGGUCUCAUGAGAAGCGACCUUACAAGUGUGCAGACUGUCCCUACUCUGGAAGAGACGUUAAGGCUCUCAUACAGCAUGUGAGACUGGGGCACAGAGCUACCCAAUACUUAGACAGAUUCGAGCAGGAGGUUCGAGUCAAAAAUGGGAAGAAGCCAUACUGCUGUAAAUAUUGUGAAUACACUACAAAAUUUGCGAAAAAUUUAGUCAAACACGUUAAGAAACACUUAGAUGUUAAACCAGAUAUAGAACUAUCGUUAUAUAAUAAAAUUAAAUAAUCAGAUCAUCUUGCGAUGGAUGUUUCUCUGACUACCCCAAAG